AUGGGCAAGGAAAAGACCCCGAAGAAGGACAAGAAGGAGAAGACGCCCAAAAAGGACAAGUCCGCGUCGCCCGGCGGCGACAGCGAGGACGAGGGCGACGGCGCGCUGCGUCCGACGGCGCCGAUCGCGACGCCGCUCGCGGAUUUGAAGACGACGAAAAAGAUACUCAAAGUGGUGAAAAAGGCGGCCAAGGCGAAGCAGGUGAGACGAGGGGUGAAAGAGGUCGUCAAGGCGUUGAAGAAGGAAACCAAGGGUGUGUGCGUGAUCGCUGGGGAUAUCUCGCCCAUCGACGUCAUCACGCACGUGCCGAUUCUGUGCGAGGAGGCGGGCGUGCCGUACGUGUACGUGCACAGUAAGGAAGAGCUCGGUGCGGCUGGUAUGACAAAAAGACCGACGUCGGUGAUGCUCGUGAUGCCGGAGGGCGUGAAGGGGAGCGUGAAGAUGAGUUCGAGCGAUAAAAAGGAAUUCGACGACAUGUACGAGAAGAUUCUCGCGAAGGUGAAAUCGAUGAAGUAA